UGCUGCACCGUCACUAGAAAAGCCAGAGAGCAAAACGCUGGCGCGUCACUUUGAGGGCGGGUAUCGGCCGGUCCUCAUCCUUCACGUCCUCCUCCUCCUCACGCCCCGACUCUUCCCUCACUCGGUCUCCAUCAGUCUUCAUGGUUCUGAUCGCACCCCACGCCAUGCAAGCCAGUCGGGCGUCCACCACAGUCAGUGUGUUUUCGGACUGCAGCAUCCCGACCGGUCUCCAGAUUGGACCGGUACCGGGCAUCUUCAAACUGGGGAACUACGUGUCAGAUCACAAAGAAGUUGGACCCAAGAAAAAGAUCCGGUUAGUUCGUGGGGAGUUCCUGGAUGAGUCCGGCUGUCCCGUUCCGGAUUGGAUCGGAUUCAUCCGCGCCGCCAGGAACAGUCAGGAACAAAACCUGGAAGCAGUGUCGGAUUUACCUGGAGGACAGAUUUUCUAUCGUGUGCUGAGAGAAAUUUCCGCAGGAGAGGAGCUCAGUGUUUGGUACUCCAAUGCUCUGGCUCAGUGGUACGACAUCCCCACCACGGCCACUCCCACGCACGACGAAAAAGGUGACGAGCGUUACAUCUGCUGGUACUGUUGGAGAAUAUUCAAAUACCCGAACACACUCAAGGCCCACAUCCACUUCCACUGCGCUUUGAGCAACGGCCGGGGGGUUGUGACCAGUGAGCAGGUUAGAAGCUCAGAGAACUUCAGCAGGUCGCCAAAGUCUGGAGACAUCCCCAACACCUCCACCUCACCGAGGAGCGGCCACACGAACUCCUCUGUGUCAGACUCUGGCAGGCGGGGGGUUUCGUCCUCACAGUUUGUGAGUAAAGCAAAGAAAAGCGGCUCAGAGGAGCAGGACAGGGCCCUCGACAUGAGCGUGACCUCAUCCAAAAACCUCGGGCUCGGCGCCACAUCGUCGGUGCUGAGCAGUUUGGGCUUCCACCCGGGCGUCCGCUCCGCCUUUAAACCGACGGGGCUUUCCAAACUCCAGAGUGGCGACGUGUCCAGAGAGGACGCCAACGGGAAGCUGAGCGGCCUAGGCUUCAGCAAACUCAUCGGCAACAUGAAGCCGAUCCGCAACGUUGGGGAGCCGCUGAACGGAGGUCGGAGCCACCCUCCCAAAUGUGCAACCGCAAUUGUGGAUUCGGCAUCUUCAAUCGUACCCUGCGCAAACGCAAUCCGGGGUUUCCCGUUGCUACCUCACAUGGAGACCUCCGCUUUUAAGCACGUGGAGAGUCGGAUGCACUCAAGCCUGUCGCCGUCUCGUUAUCCCCAGAUGCCACCUGGACUCCACUUUGAAAGGUUCUCACUCCCUCACUUCGAAGGUGUCAAAACGUACGGAGGAGACUGUAACCUCCCGCUGAUGCCCUUCACCGUUUACAACGGGGAGCUUCUGUACAGUUCUCCGUACUACCCGCUUAAGUUCCACUUCAGCAAUCUCCUCAAGUACCCAGAGUCCAUGUCUUACUUCGGCGCUCCUUCGCUGAGUCAAGACCUGGGCUCAAUCACCAACAUUGACCGGGAGAUAGCUAUGCACACACAACAGCUGUCCGAAAUCUCCGCGGAGAAAAACCGGACGAGGCUGGACUCGAUGCCCACCGGGAGCGCCAACAGCGCUGCCCCCGGCAAACCCAAAAAGGGCCACCUGUGUCUGUACUGCGGCAAGCUCUACUCCAGGAAAUAUGGCCUGAAGAUCCACAUGAGGACUCACACGGGGUAUAAGCCGCUCAAAUGCAAAGUGUGCUUCAGGCCUUUUGGGGACCCCAGCAACUUAAACAAACACAUCCGACUCCACGCGGAGGGAAACACGCCCUACAGGUGCGACUUCUGCGGCAAAGUGCUGGUGCGCAGGCGAGAUCUGGAGCGCCACGUCAAGUCCAGACACCCCGGACAGACCGUGAAGAAAGCAGACGACAAACCGGACGGCCUGUUUGAGGCCGCGGAGCAAAAGAGCGACAAUGACAGCGACGUGGACGUGUGCUUCACGGACGACCAGAGCGACCAGGAAUCGAGCAAAAAUAAUGACUGAAAUAUUUUUCUCCACUUUCCAGAGACUUUCCACUGUCUUUAAAUGAUGCACACGAAAAAG